CUCCUACACCGUAAAUCAGAACACCCUUAUUAAAACCUAAACAGCAUGUUUACCCUUCGUAGCAUAAUAGUACAGACUAUAGAUAAGGGGUGGAUACUUAAAAUGAAUAGUGAUGCCAACAAGCCAGCUGAUUUUUGGUGUAUCAUCAAAUCAACAGGAGGGGUUAAAUAAUAAACCAUUUGAUACAAACGUAUUAUUUUAUGCGCACUUUAACAAUACCGAUCAGUAUCUAUUAAAUCUGUUUUUUUAAGCAGUUUAUCGACGCAUUUUAAUACAUAUAUUUGUUUAACUCCACUUUCAGAAUGAUCAAUACAUUAUUGCUAAUAGAUUCACACUUAUAACUGUAACCUACGCUGGGAUGAUGCUGUAAAGAGUUAAAUUGUAUGGCGAUGAAACAAGCAUCUUAUUGGAAUCUCUAGAAUUUGUCUCUUCGUGGAGCUGCGUAGGAUUUUUGUUCCACCCUGCUAACCGCAGUAGUGUCGUCUGCACCCAGCAAAGGGGGAGAGAAGCAUUCAAUAGAGAGCACAGCACGGGGGAUGCCAUAGCGUUUUAGGAGGGAAAAGUAUUAAAUAAAACAAAAGUGAUUAACCUUUUUUGGACUAUAUUUUAAUUUGAAAACUGUAAACAAAAAAAAAACGUCCUAGAGAUACUGGGUGUAUAGUUUUUUUUUGGGGGGGUGUAAAACGCUUUCGUUUCUCUAGCGGACAGGGGGUUUUAAGCAGAAUUUUUGUGUGAAAAAGAAAACUAGCAGAUUGAGGAUGGCAUUUAGCCCUUGGCAAAUUUUAUCACCCGUUCAGUGGGCGAAAUGGACAUGGUCGGCCGUGAGAGGAGGUGGGGGAGAAGAAAUGGAGGAGGAUGCGAAUUCUCAAGAAUCAGGUUCUGACUCUGAGGGAAAUUUUGACACACCUGAGGCUGAUACACCAACUUCAUCACCUAUAAAGGAGUCAUCCAGAGAAUCACGUAAAAAUGUAUCAGAAAUACUGGUGAAAGAUGGUUUCAACAUAUCUGAAAAAUUAAAUUUUGAAUUAGAAGAAACAAGACUACAAAAGUCUUACUGUGAUUUGGAUGAAAGUAGUUCCCCUGAAGUACCUGUCAGUGUUGAGUCUUCUACAACGAAUGUUUUGAAGGGUGACGUAUCAGAAAGCUCUGAUGGGGAAAAUGUUGGUUCUUAUGAUGAAUCUGUUAACUCCCCUAAAAGUACACAAGUGGACAAUAUGAACAUCAUGGAGUUAGAGUUUCAGAGCAAGGAUGAAAAAGAUAUCAACUACAAUGCUCCAUCCAAGAUAAAAAAUCAAAACUGUAAACUACCAGCUAAAAAACAGAUGGACAAUGACAAUAAAACCUCUAACCAGAAUCAGUUGGAAACUGUGACAUCGCAGUCAAUUUCUGUAGACCCAGAUGUUAUUCCAGUUACUAAUUCCUACAACUUUAACCAAACUCUUUUGGAUGAUCCAAAUUUCAAUACAUUUAUGGGAAAAUCGGCACUGCCUCCGACUCCUCCCUAUGAAGCCUAUGACUUAAAAAAUGAGAAAAAUGAUAUGGAUUUAUUUCAUUCAUCUAAAACUUUGUACAACUCAGAAGCAGACAUAGUCCGUGAAUCCAAGCCAAAGAAAGGGUCCAGAAAUGCCAAGUCGUCUCCAAAAAUGUCAAAAUCUCAUCUGAUCACGAACAGUUGUAAAGUUGAUAAUUUUGAAGACUCGUCAUCUGAAUUAGAUGUUUGCAAGCAACAAGAGGAUGCUCCUUCUAGAAUUGAGAAUAUGGAGGGCCAUGCCACAGAUGAGGAGAAACUGGCCUCUGUUCCAGCUCCCAAAACUGUUGUUUCUGGUUUAAAAGUUCAGUCUGAAGGAGAGCAAGAUGUAUUUGACUGCAAUAAUGGAUCAUUAUCAAGUAAAGACGGUUUCGGACAUGUUGAGCCUCCCUGCAAUAGCAACAACUCGCUCAUCUCAUCUGAUGCAGUUCAGAGUCCCCUGGAUGCUAUAUGUUUGACAGAAAAUCAGCGAUCAGCAGUUUGUGCCCUGAUCAGAGACGAGGUUAUUAUGAAGGAGACCGAAGCCAAGGACUGGCAAUCAAAGUAUGAGGAUAGUCACAAAGAAGUGCUUGAAAUGAGGAAAAUUGUUGCAGAAUACGAGAAAACCAUUGCUCAGAUGAUUGAGGAUGAGCACAAGAGUAAGAUGGUUUCCCAAAAGAGUCUUCAGCAGCUAAGCCUGGAAAAAGAUCAAGCCAUAGCAGACCUUAACUCUGUGGAGAGAUCUCUCUCAGACCUCUUCAGGCGAUAUGAAAACCUCAAGGGUGUCCUGGAGGGGUUUAAGAAGAAUGAAGAGGCUCUUAAAAAGUGUGCCCAGGAGUAUUUGGCUCGAAUAAAACAGGAGGAACAGAGAUAUCAAGCUCUUAAAAUCCAUGCAGAGGAAAAGUUAGAAAAAGCAAAUGAAGAGAUUGCUCAAGUUCGGACCAAAGCAAAAGCUGAAUCUGCUGCUCUUACUGCAGGCCUCCGAAAAGAGCAAAUGAAAGUAGAUUCUCUUGAGCAAACAUUACGGCAAAAGAACCAAGAGAUAGAAGAGCUGACAAAGAUCUGUGAUGAGCUUAUUGCAAAGAUGGGGAGAACAGACUGAGCUGCAGAUCUACAAACUACAGUUUCCACUUCUGUGGAAUGUGAAGAUUGCCCAGUGCCACAGAAAUAUUAAGACUCAUUUUUAUUAAAGAUGUUUGCCGUUACAGAGACAUCACUUACAGUGUAAUACAAGUGCUUCAUUUUAUACUGAUUCUGAAUUGAGGAGAGUGGGUUUUGCUCUGUGUUCUCAUUAGUGAAUCUAAUUAACUUUUACGGCCUUGGUUUCUGUCCAAUAAACAGAAUAAAUAAUUUAAAGGGACAUUAAGCAGCUGGGUACAACUACAGUAGGAUGAUUACUACUCGCCAUGCUAUUUUUUUUUCCUCCUGUAGCUCUCUCUAAAACUGUUCUUAUUUCACCCAUUACAGAAGCCAGUUGGUAAAGCUUUGCAUUUUAUACUGGGCGCCGCCAUUUUGUAGCUCGCGUAUUGUUGCAUCCUGUGAUAGAAACAGUGCACAGUGUUGUUACUGGCUUUUUGACAGAUGUACCAUGCACUUUAGUUUAGCUCGCAUAUUAGAUAGGCAGAAGAGUUACAUUUUUGCAGUUUUUUGCACACUUUAAAAGUUACAUAACAAAUAUAAGCUCCAAGAUGGCGGCGGCCAGUGUGAAGAAGCGGAGCUUCACUAACUGAUAAUUUGUGAGGGGGUUAAAUAAGAGAAUAACAGCCUUUGAAAACAGCUGCAGGCACAGGAGGAUAAACAAUAUCAUGGUGAGUAGUAACCUUCUAGUGUAGUAAAAUGUCCCUUUAACAUAAAUAUAAGAUAUACAUCGCUGUUAUUUUCCUUUUCAAAGCCAAAAUCUUUGGAAUUCUACAAUCUGAGCAACGAUCUUUCCUCAUUUUAGUUAAUAACUGAAUUAUUCAAAGUAGCAUGUUGUAUGCACAAAGUUAUUGUGAUGCUUUAGAUUAAAACUAUAAAAUAGCAAACUGAAAACUUUGCACAUAAGGUUAAAGAAGAACAGUUCUUUAUUAAAAGUAUCUAGCUGCUAUUUUCAUGUAUGUUUAGUAACCCAUUAGAUCAGUCUUUCUUACCGCGGUCCUCAAGUACCCCCAACAUGCCAGGUUUUCAUUAUAGCUGAACCAGUGCACAGGUGAAAAAAUCAGCUGAGCAGUAACUAUGGUUACUAACCUGCUCUCACCCAUAAGCUGGUUAUUUCACCUGUGCACUGGUUCAGCUAUAAGGCAAACCUGGCCUGUUGGGGGUACUUAAAGACCGCGGUUAAGAAAUAAUGCAUUAGCCUAUAGCCUUCAGCAGUAAUCACAGCAAAUUGAAUUACAUACUUGAUAUUUAUAUGGCCAUAAUAGUCGAACAUUUUUAAGACCCUACACUACUGUAGCAACUAGCGCUGCUGACUGGCUCAGCAGCAGUUUCCGCUUGGGACUAGCAAUGCUCUGUGGGUCCUGAGCUGCACUUCUACUGUGUGUUUAGCCCCUUUGCGCUCGAUUAGUCUUAAAAUUACUGUAACAAACUAGAGCAUUUCAUUUUUCGACUGUUAUGGCCUUUUAAAAACGGAUAUAUGCAACGGUCCAGUGGAUUUUGUACAAUAUCAAGUGUAAAAGCGAAACUGCUUAAAACACAAAACAAAAUGUGCACAUAAAGGAUAAAGACCACAAUAAGCAAUAGGGAAUAUUUUGUUUUCCAAAUGUCUUUAAGCUGCAUUCAGCCUUUUUUCAAUCUAAACAUAAAUGUAUUUUUUAACGCUUAUUGCAACUAGAUUUGAUUUUCUCUUUUAAGGCUGGUUUACGAUGAAACAUUGUACAUGAUAUAGAGAGGUGUGUUUUUACAUAAAUUUGUUAUGGUCCAGAAAAUCAUAAUUAUUUUGGUAAAGUUUUAUUAUUUCCUAUUGUUUUUUGACGUAAAGUAAUUGCCUUGUACAUGUGUAGUUAUUAAAAUGGAUUCUUAAACUACUGAUUUUAA